UCCGUCGAGCAUCGCCAUUAGAGUUGCGGAGACGCAAAUAUCUCCCGCUCUCUGCUCUAAUCUCGCUCUCCCUCUCUCCCUCUCCCGCACUCCAAGGACCACACCAUUUCGCGAAUCCAAGAAGGAGCAGCAGCAUCAGAAGAAGAAGGAGGAGGUUCUACAUGGAUUUUGCCAUGAGCGGUUUGAGCAGCGGCUACUGUUUGAGCUCCUGCAGAAUUCUGAACCGCGAGCCUGGCCGAAACAUCACGUGCGGGAAUCGUGGCGCUGCGGUCAAGAUGGCUGGGAGAUCUUCGGUACCUACGAAGCGUCAGCGAGAUGUCGUUCCUUCUUCUGCAGCUAGCGGUCUCACCAAGUUCGAGAAGAAGACGCUUCUCAGUUCCAUCGCAGUGGCAAACUUGAUCACAGUAGAUGUGGCGAAGGCAUUGAGCACCGAGAAUGUCAUGAAUUAUUUUCCUUCGGGUCAGGAAGUGGCUGCUCCAUUUUUUACAAUAGCUGAUGGAAGUCUUGGAGAUUGGUUUGGAGGCUUCCUAUAUUCAGCUGGACAACAGGCCAAUGAAGCUGUUCAAGAUCAGCUCUCUGCACUCAGUUUUACUAGUUUAGCAGUUAUAUUCGGGGCAGGGCUUGUGACCAGCCUCUCACCAUGUACAUUGAGUGUAUUACCACUGACUCUUGGUUAUAUAGGAGCCUUUGGUUCUGGAAAAAGCAGGACAGAGGUCGUUGGGGAUUCAAUUGCAUUUGCGUUAGGACUAGCUACCACGCUGGCUCUUCUAGGAGUUGGAGCCUCGUUUGCUGGAAAGGCAUAUGGCCAGAUUGGGCAAGGAUUACCCGUGGCUGCUUCUGCUGUGGCCGUUAUUAUGGGUCUAAAUCUUCUUGAGAUAAUUGAGUUUCAGCUUCCAUCGUUCUUCGACAACUUUGAUCCCCGUGCUGCCGCAGCCAAUUUCCCAUCAAGUGUGCAAGCGUAUUUAGCAGGGCUUACGUUUGCAUUAGCAGCUUCUCCUUGCAGUACACCUGUACUUGCCACUCUGUUGGGAUAUGUUGCUGCAUCUCGGGAUCCGGUGAUUGGGGGAAGUUUACUUCUAACAUAUACAACUGGUUAUGUAACUCCUUUGCUUCUUGCUGCUUCUUUUGCCGGAGCAUUGCAGAGCCUGCUUUCGUUCCGGAAGUUCUCGGCAUGGAUCAAUCCCGUGAGUGGCGCACUUCUCUUGGGAGGGGGCAUUUACACAUUUCUGGACAGAAUUUUUCCGCCAACAAUGGCAAUGUAGACAGAAAAUUAUCGUCAUAAAAAAGCAGACAGUAAAUAAUUGUCAUAAAUAAAUGGAUAUAGUGAAAAAUGAGUGCCGUUUUCACCGCUUUUUUUUUUUUUUUUUUUUUGUGCUUUGUAAAUGUAAAAUUGAUUUCCUUUUCUGCUCCAUUAAUAGUUCUCGGGGUAGACAAUUGAGCAACGUCUCUUCAAAAUGAUUUGGCCGUGA